CCCAUCGCGCUUGCCUCGGCGUCUGGUGCUCAUGGCAGAUUCUCUUGCCCUCACUGGACCAAGACCUACUUUCACGCGAAGGACCUGAAGCGCCAUCUGCCGCUCCACACAGGUGACCGCCCCUACGAGCGUGUGCUUUGUCACGAUACUUCCUCGCAAAAGAACACUCUCAAGUGUCGCUCUCAGAAGCGCUCCAUUCGCCGAAUUAAUCCGACUGGUGCUAAUCACUUAUCUCACCCU